AUGGUUCUUCCUGUCGUCAGUCCCUAUGAUGGAUCUGGAGCAGCCUCUUACGUCUCUUGGCUCCUGAAUUACGUACCGGACAUAGGCGUCGACUUCUCAGUCGGAGCCCCGAAGAUUACGGAACAUAUGCGGAAAGUGCACAACCCGCUCUUUGCCCUAGGCUGUCUAGAAUUAAACUACACUUCACUCACAAACACAAAACCCAUCUCUGCAGCUAUGGAGUGUAUGUUUCCUUGCUGCCUCCAGCGAUAUGACGUCUCCGUUAAGGACGACGUCCCCGUCUCAAAGGUCGCCACUGUUCAGCAGGCGUCAAUGGACAAGCUUUCUGGGUGA